AUGAAGAUGCGGAACCUGAUUUACAUCUGGCUUUUCGUUUUGUCGGCGGCAUGUUUUGCGUCGCAAUUCAGCCCUGAAGAUGAGGAGAUCUUUGCAGUUCAAUCGAAGCUAGUAGAAGAAUCAGGCAAAAAAGACUACAAUUUCUACAAAUUCCUUCGAUUGCCAAAAGGCCCAAAAUCAGGAAGUGCAGAGAUCGAGAAGCAUUACAAGCAGUUGGCCAGAAAAUGGCACCCGGACAAGUUUAGGGAUGCAAUGAAGAAAAAAAGAGCAGAGAUGCGUUUUCAGAAACUAUCAUUGGUGAUUGGAAUUCUAAGAAACCACGAGAAGAAGCAGAGAUAUGACUAUUAUCUUAAUCGGGAAUUCCCUCGGUACAACGAGAAAACCGGUGAAUAUACUUUUGGCCACCGCAUUAAACCAACUUUGGUGGCAGCAGUGUGUAUUGUGAUGUUUUUGGUUUCUGUGUUUCAAUACAUUAUUCUAAGUGUCAAUCGCAGACAGUCACAGAAAAGGAUGGGACAAUUAGUGAAUAACGUGCGUAUGGAAGCGGCUGAAUACCAACAGGGAGAUUCUGCGGCGGCAGGAGGAUCAAUUCCUUCAUUUAAGACGGAAAUCGUUCAUUAUAACAACAAGCUUUUUGUUGUGAAGCCAGACACAAGUGUUUGGUACUACAACAAGCCACUUCCGACACCGGAGGAUGUGAAAAGCAGCUACCAGGAGCUUUCGGAGGCUUUUGAAAUGAAGAAAGAGGAGAAAGUUCAGGGAAAUAGACGUUCCAGAAGAGCUGCAUUAAAGAAAAGAAAGAAAGAUGAGGAAUCUGAGGAAAAUGAGCAACAGAGAAAGCAGGAGGAGUUGCCAUUAGUUAAGGUGGAGGUGGAUGAUGUGGAGCCUGUGAAGCUUACACAGUUGGUUUUGGUGAAGUUGCUUAUUCUGCCAUUUAAAGUAGUCGGAAGCAUAUUUAAGAGUGGGGAAAAGACACGUGAAGAUAAAAAGGAGUCUCCUAAGCCUAAUAGACAGGGAAAUUUGGAUGAGGUAAAAAACGGCAAGGUUAAGUUGGAUAGUGGAAUUGUGAUAGGAGGCCGGAAAGGGCGGAAAGGCCGGAGAUAG